UCGUGGGCUUCCCGACCGAGACAUCAAUGCGACAAUAAUACGACAGUAUUUGUUUGCAAUACGAUGUGUAGCAAACGUUUCUUCUGCAUUUAUUGUCAAGGACUUCGUCAUUUCGAUAUAGAGUUUGACCUCUCGCCGAAUUGUAUUGUCCUCCUAGAUAAGUGCAAAGAUUCACCCUUAAAAGGCACUUCGUUCAGUGGCCUCAAUGUCAUGUACCGUGGAAUACACCACAAAUAGAGGAAAGCUAGGUGUCACGAGAAUAGUUUCUUAUUGUUUAUACUCUGCCUCUCGUACUUCCUAUCUCUGUCCAUGUUGCCCCCCGUUCCUUCCUAAUUUUUAUCCAUAUCACCUGUCGUUCUUUCCCAACUCAUUCGUUCUUUCCUAUAUUAUUGAUCCAUGUAUCUCGUCCAUUCCUAUAUAUUUCCAUAUCCUUUACCCUAGUUCGUGCCUUCCGCACUGUGUUUAGCUCUGCCUAUCACAUAAACGACGAUAAUAUCUCUCUUCUCAUACAUUCCAUCACGCUGCCUCUCACCAAUAUGUAUGGUACCAGCACAACAAUCAAAGCGACAAACGCUGUUGCCGCGGACACCCGUUAUACCAGUCAUCCGCUUCGCGAAGCCUCAAACAUAAUGGUUGUCGUAUGGAUACUAUGCGUCAGCUUAACUUUCUUCAUCUGCAUCAAUGCUUGGGCUAUUCGGGCCUUUCGACAACGCAAACGCGAUCAGGAAGCUACAUCCGCUAUCCUAGAGCGCGCAGAGUCGCCCGCUAGAGGGCCUACCAUGGGAAGUCCAAGCACGCAAAGCCAAUUCCGCCCAUCUCAAAUGGGGUAUCAACUGCAAGCACUAUCCUCGCCAAGCACACCUCGCAUACCGCCGCCAGAACAACCUACGGGCGUGCCAGGUGACUCGUCGAACGAUACAGAGCAGAACGAUGGACGGCAUUCCGUAGCCGCUGGGAACAUGGCCUCAUCUUCUUACACGCCCGACGAGACCGAGGAACAAUUACCAAAGUACAUGGAGCGCGAUCAUGACUUGCCCGAUUACGCGGGUUAGAGAGCAACGCUGGUCGCAUGAUGGGUGAAGAGAGCUACGGAUUUGUCCACCCAAGAAGAUCAGAUGAUUGAAGCUCUCUAUGUUCCAGCGAACUUCGGAUUGGAUAGGACAUCCAAAAAUCGGUAAAACAGUCAAAUAAAGUUUUUGACGACGUCGUUAUGAGUCUAUGGUUAGAAUGACAAGCAUCGCCAAACGACUGCACCAGGUGCACCAGAAACGAUAUCGCGGAAAUGGUGAUAUGCUGGGAAUAUUCUUUUUGCCCGAUGGGGGUUUCGAUAUAUGAAUUAGAAUGCAGCACAGCCAGCGUAAUACAAAACAGUAUGAACACAACACGUCUUAGCCAUGCCUCAGACUUUGCAACACUAAUGGAAGGUGUUCAUCUGUAUUCAAGUGCUCAAUCUCAUGGCCUAUGCUUAUUUUCAGAUAAGGUUGAACUGGCAUGCGACUUCGGGGAAGUAUCAAGGGCGGAGCAAGGUCCGGGAAGUGGGGUGAUGCGAGGAUAGGAGAGUUGAAUUGCAUGUUGCUCCUGACUAAUUAUGAGCAACGACGAACUCAUUCUCAGGAGAAAGCACUGAGCGGGGGUUGAAGUCCGAGGAAUUUAUCACUGGACUCAAGCUUUAGUGCUUUACUAAUGCUCGCUAUGGC